AUGGCGUUCAUUUCACAUAAUGUCUCUGUGAUGUCCUUGUUGUCCCUGUCUGCGAUAUUUUUACUGAUGUACUGUGCCGCAGCAAAUAACAAAACCACUCAACCAUCAUGCAAAAUGCAGCCUCCUGCUUUCUGUUAUGGUGGUAUCCCUGGUAUGCACGGAAAGCCUGGGUCUCCUGGGACACCAGGUCGUAAUGGCUGUGAUGGCCGUGAAGGAGUCAAAAGUGACCGGGGCAGCCCGGGAAAGACUGGACAACAGGGACGUCCAGGUUCCAAUGGAAAGAAUGGCGCAAAAGGAGAACCUGGAAUCCAGGGCCUUCCCGACGAAAAGGGGCAGCGCGGAGAGAGUGGAACAAGUGAAAUCCCUGGGACCCCUGGUGUGAUGGCUUACAAGAACUGGAAAGAGUGCGCAUGGAAAAACAAGGUGUGUUUGUUCACCAAGAACCUCUCUGACACUUCCCUCCAUGUUUACUAG